AUGCCUGGUGGCCCGGGCCUGACAGCAGCAGAUCAUAUCCUAUGGACACAGAGGAUUCACAAAGAGGAAAUCAAUGCAAGAUCUCGGCCUGAUGGUUUCAGCGUUCGCGCAGCUGUGAGUGUGCCAGAUGUGCCGCGCAAAUUCAAGCCUGGCCACAUGGACCCGCGAGAAGCUUCAGGUGGUGGCUUCAAUCCGGCUACUUUAGGUUGGGAUCCCACAGGCCCAGUGACCAAGGAGUUUCGUCGCUGCAUGAACCAACACACGGCUGUCCCGCGCGAGCGGCAUUUGUUUCCAGAGACUUGUCAGCAGGAGAUUGGCUGGAUCCAGGGCAAUUGUGGUAAGCUUGCUCAUCGAAGCGAACCAGCAGGGAGCAAGCCAACACGUCUUGGAGUAGGAUGGUUGAUGAAGGAUGGGCACGGAGGGCCCAUCAACAAGUUAGCAGCUGCUAGGGCCAAUGACGCCGAUUUGGCUGCGUUGCAGGUGGACCCUGAGUGCCCCAAAACAAGAAAGUCAAAGGAUGGUAACGUCAGAGAAGAGCUUGGAGUGCCGCCUUAUGCAAUAAGCAUUCCUUGUGCUGUUUGGCCUGAGACUGUGAAUCCACCGUCCAAGUCACCUUCAAGCCGUACAAGGUCGCGGAAGCUAACGCGCGCUGGUGAGAAUCAGAUGCGGCGAGGAGGAUCCAUGCCCAACCUACAGGAUUUGCCGGAUUCAGAAAGGUUCAUAGCGCAGGAAGCGGCCUUGGGAAAAGCGAUGGAUAGAAGCCGUCGUUUCCUAAAUUGCCCCUCGAACCACUGGUACAAACCACUGAGCAACUCAGAUGUUGCCAAGUUUGCAGAUGCUUACAGCAAGGCAUGGGGUGUGAGCCUCUACGGGAAGUGA